AUGCGCUGCACUCUUUGCCCAAUCGCCGGAGCCACGACGAGCACGAGGAGUCGGCAGAGGAUGAUCGCGUUCGAGCACGAGCUGCCGAAUCGCCACCUGGGCAUGGCCUGCCUGAGCAGGGCCUGCCGACUCGGCCAGACCGAGGUGGCCAAGUUCCUGCUGCGAGACAGCGGCCUGUUCGAUCUGAAUCUGUACACGCGCGAGGACGGCGCGAGGCUGGUGCGUCUCGCUGCCGCCGCGGGCGACCUCGAGAUCGUCCGGGCGCUGGUGGCGCGCUGGCACGGCGUCGACGUGGUCGAUUACGGCCGCGACGAGGACGAGGGUCGCACGGCCCUCAUGUACGCGGCCGAGAACGGCGACAGGACGAUGCUGGACUACUUUCUUGCGCGCGGCGCGGCGAUCGACGCCGUCGACAAGGCCGGCAGGACGGCCCUCGCCAUAGCUGCCAGACACUGGAAAAAUAAGAAAUGCGCCAAGGUAAGGAGAUUUCUUUUUUUGUCUCGAAGUGCCCUCGUGGCUUAG